AUGGAACAACUCUCGAUUGCAGUUGCUGGCCUUGGCCGGAUGGGUAAACGCCAUGUCCACACCUUGAUCUACCGGGUCCCUCGUGCGCGUGUUGUGGCUGUAUGUAGCACAGUGCCCGAAGAGGUUGAGUGGGCAAAGAACAACGAAGAGUACAAAGAAUUCGGCAUUGCGGUAUACAGCAACUACGAUGAUAUGCUGGCUCAUCAAGGACUCAAUGCCGUUUGGGUCUCCACUAGUACGGAUGUGCACGCAAGCCAGACAUUGGCUGCCAUCGAGAAAGGAAUCCACGUCCUCUGUGAAAAGCCAUUGAGCACGGAUCUGAAGGAGGCUCAGUCUGUCGUCGAUAUCGCCAACCAGCACCCAGAGCUCAAGGUGAUGGCUGGAUUCUCCCGCCGAUUCGAUGCCUCAUACCGCGACGCUAGUGACAAAAUUUUCCAAGGGAAGGCCAUCGGAAGCCCAUUCAUGGUUCGCUCCAACACUUGCGAUCUUCGUGACGACACCGGAUUCUUUGUGCGCUAUGCAGGCCGCAAUGGCGGUAUCUUCGUGGAUUGUGCCAUCCAUGACAUUGAUUUAUCCCUUUGGUAUUUGGGAAACCCCGUACCAAAGGCCUGCUGGGCCGCUGGCACACUGCAGCACCACCCAGAGCUGAAAGAUCUGUCGGAUGUUGACAACGCAGUGGGAAUGGUAGAGUUCUGGGGCGGGAAGAUUGCAUACUUCUACUGCUCACGAACCCAAGCCCACGGACACGAUGUGUGCACAGAGAUCACUGGCUCCGAUGGCAAGAUCAUGGUGAAUGUCAUGCCCCGAAGCAACCAUGUCGUGGUCGCCGACAAGUUGGGCAUGAGAAACCAAGUGCCCCCCGAGUACUGGCAACGGUUUGAGGACGCAUUUGCCGUGGAAGCAAACGAGUUCACCGAGGCAGUUCUGAAGGACAAGCCUGUACCUUUGCCUCUUGAAAAUGGUAUCAUGGUGAUGAAAAUUGGCAGAGCUUUGCAGGAUGCCCUUCUCACUGGCCAAUUGGUGCGAUUCGAUGAGAACGGAGAACGUGUCUGA